AUGCAGAAGAAGUUACUCCCCGACGAGUCGGAUGAUGACAAAGAAGCAGAAGAAGAGGUUGAAGCCUCAGUCCUUCCACGUUGUAAACAACUAAGGAUUUUUGGCGAUAAAACCAUUAAAAAAAGAUUUCUUCAGAAACCCGACUGGGUAAACGCCGAGAUGAAAUUUACACUGUCAGCGGACAGCUUGUCAUCUUGGGAUUCCAUUUAUGAAAACGAUCAAGAGAAACUUUCUGAAGCGCCAGAAUUUAUCAAGAAACUAGCUUCUCAAGCUGAGCUUGCUGAUUAUGACAUAGGAAAAGUCCUUGGAGCUGGUUCAUUCGGUCAAGUCGUCGCUGCAACACGCAAAGAGGACAAUCUGCCGAUAAACGGUGGAGAAAUUCCAACCAAGGCUUAUCUUCAGCGCCAAGCAAGGCACCGUCACGUGAUCGACAUAUAUGAAGUGGCCUUCACUGAUGAGCAUUAUGUUUAUGUCAUGGAAAGACCGGAAGUCUGUAAAGACCUGUUUGACGUCAUACACGACCGAGACAACAUGGGGCGACCGCUGACAGAGAGAGAAGCCCGACAAUACUUUGCCCAGAUCCUGCAGGCCAACAUCAACUGCGAGGAGACUGGUGUCCUACACCGAGACAUCAAACCAGAGAACAUCCUAGUAGACAUGAGCACUGAUGAAGCCAAGUUGAUUGACUUUGGACUGGCAUCUGAAGUUCAAGAAGAACCUUUCACAAAAUUCAGAGGCACACUACAGUACAUGCCUCCUGAAUUCAGUAAACCCAAGCAAUAUGACGGCUGUCAGAGCACUGUGUGGCAAAUGGGAAUCCUUCUUGUGGAUAUGCUGUCACCUGUAGUCCCAGCAUUUAAACAUCCACGUCACGCUCUGCGCAUGGCACCUAGAGUACCACACCAGCUUUCACCAGAGACAAAGAACCUUAUUUACCCGCUGCUGAACACGACUCCAAGCAAUCGUCCAACCCUGAAACAAACUCUGCAGCAUCCAUGGUUCGCCAUGACAGACUAA